GCAGGGGGCGGGUCUACGGCGCCGAUGUCAGCUCGGUGCUGCGUUGAGAGAGGGGAGUGAGCGUCGUCGCUCUUCCCACAAUGCCUUGCUGUACAAUUUGAGCCCCAUCUUGAGAGAGGGGAGUGAGCAGUUUGAAUUUGAGCUCCCUCCGUGUGUGAGUGCAGAGCGCACUGAGCGGGGGCUGGGCCCAUCGCUGCUCGAUACCCCGCCCCGCCUGCGGGCCGGGGUUUGUUCCCCGACCGCUCCCGUGGCCUUGCGGAGCCUCGGCUGUUGCCUCUGGGACUGUCUGGGGCCGCUGCGAGCGGGCUCGUUCCCACCAAGAUGCGCCUGGUGCUGAUCUCCAGGUAGAGACGACAAGAGACGGGGCGGGCGGCGGAGCCACGGGGCCUGGCCUCACCCGGCCGCCACUGCCGUGGUUCCUCUUCGCUCAGGGACUGACUGGCCGUCCCGCGAGAGGCCUGCUCGCCCGCCCAGGAGCCGCCGAACGCCGCCGCCCGGGCCGCGCUGCGAGGAGCAGGAAGCCCGCUCAGGGAGCUUCGCCGGGUGUCACUGCUGCGGCCGCACUGCGAGGACGAGGAGGCCGCUCGGCUUCAAGGGGGAAAGAGGAGGCCCGAAGCCCAGGAGUCGCAAUCCUCGGUCCGGCGGCUGGAGGGAGGAGGCCUGCUGAGGGGCCUGUAGCUUUGCUGAAGGGGGAGGAAGAGGAGGAGCCCAACCGACCACAAACCCGGUGUGGUGCCCGAUGAGUUUGGGGCUCGGCGGCUGAUCCAGACGCUCGAGGCAGGAGCCGGAGGAUGUAUCAUAGAGCCUGUUUCUCAGGCAACCGAUCGUGACAACCUUCGACUGUCCCUCUGCCUUCUCCCCGGGGUGCAGAGAGCUUCACCCGCGCUGGCGGAACUCCCUCCCCACAGAGGCACCAUGUCCAAGAUGCCGGCUAAGAAGAAGAGCUGCUUCCAGAUCACCAGUGUGACCACCGCCCAGGUGGCCAGCAGCAUCACGGAGGACACUGAGAGCCUGGAUGAUCCAGACGAGUCCCGCACCGAGGAUGUUUCCUCCGAGAUCUUCGAUGUGUCCCGGGCCACGGACUACGGCCCCGAGGAUGUCUGCGAACGGAGUUCCUCCGAGGAGACCCUCAACAAUGUGGGUGACGCUGAAACUCCCGGUGCUGUCUCCCCUAACCUCCUCCUAGAUGGGCAGUUGGCGGCUCCGCCUGCUGCUGCAAAGGGGGGAGCCUUGCCCAAAAGCACCGCGGUUUCCGCUCCGGGGACCAUGUCUCAGACUGCUGCGGCCGCAUGUAGUUCACCCUUGCCCAAAAGCACCGCGGUGCCCCAAGUGGCCGCCGUCCAAAUUCCCUCCGCGACGGCAGGAGGCAGCAGUGCGCAGGUUUCCGCUCCGGGGACCAUGUCUCAGACUGCUGCGGCCGCAUGUAGUUCACGCUUCAGGGUGAUCAAGCUGGACCACGGUACGGGGGAGCCUUAUAGGCGGGGACGAUGGACGUGUAUGGAAUUUUACGAUCGGGACUUGGACAGUAGUGGCGUUCUAGCCAGAACAGGAGAUUGCAUUAGACAUAGCAGCACCUUUGAGCAGGCUGCUCAGGAAAGGGACAGUGGCUUGGGUGCAACGGGGGGCUCCAUAGUAAUGUCAGCGGUGCCAGCAUCAGCACACGGCCCUGAAUCCCUAGCUGACAGCUCCCUUACUGCUGUGUCACAGCUGCUCCAGGCAGAGAAAAUGAACCAGCCCUCUUUACAGCAACCUAAUUUUGUCAUUGGACAGCAGCAGCCCAUAGGCGGGGCCAUUCCUCAAAGUACUGCUCAGCCUAUGUAUUCCGGGGCUACGAUAACGAGUCAGCAGACUAUGGUGCCGCCGCAGCAAACCCAGCCACAGGUAAAUGCACAAAGUGUUGUACAGGGGGGGCCUAAUGGGAAGGGUAUGUCCCCUGCAAAUGUAACAGCCCAACCGAGCAUGCUCAUGUCACAGCAGCCGGUACAGCAAGCAAAUAUACCAGUGACUCAACCUCAGCAAUUUGCUUAUUCUCAGCCCCAGAUUCCACCAGGGCAUCUACUGCCAACGCAGUCUUCUGGCCAGACAGAAUACAUUCAGCACAUGACAGUAAUGCAGAGUCAAGGAACCAUUCAACAAGCGACUACAGGCUCUGUUCCAAGUACUGGAGCUUCCAGCCUUCCUGUGGGCCAGGUGACUGGCCAGAAUCCCUCACCUGUUGGAGCACCAAUCAUUGGAGUUUCACCACAGCCUAGUGAAACAAUGGGGCAGGGAUCAGGAUUGAUGCAGAGUGGCCAGACCCCACCUAGUCAGACUGUCAUACCGCAACCAGGAGGUGUGGUGCAGCAAAGCAUUGGACAUUCAGGGGUUGUGCAACAGAAAUCCAUGACUCAGCAUCAAAUGAGUGGAAGCAGUCAAGUGUCUGGAAUGCCUAGUGCUCCUCAUACUGUAGUCUCUGGAGUUCAGAAUGUGCCUGCAGUUGUACCUGGUACAAGUGUGCCUAGUGUGUCUACCACUUCUGUUACUAUGCCAAAUGUCCCUGUUACUUUAGUUCAGUCACAGCUGACCAGCCAUACAUCUGUGACUAGGAGUUCCAGUGUUGUCCAGCAACAUGUUGGACUUUCACUAAUGCAAGGCACAACUAAUGUACUUACAAAUCUGUCACAAUCCAAUCUUGGACAGUUUCAGACUCAAACUCAACCUUCAAUAGGCCAGAUUGAUGAUACUAGAAGAAAAUCAGAACCCCUACCUCAGCCACCACUUUCUCUUAUUGCUGAAAGUAAACCUCUUGUGAAGCCUCCCAUUCCAGACACUCUAACAAAUCCUCUUCAUUUACCUGCAACUACUCCUAUGAACAGUCUUGCCAGCUCUGUAUUUGGCAUAUCUAUUCCUGUUGAUGGUGAUGAAGACAGUGCAUCUGGGGCAAGUGUUGUAGCCAUUGACAACAAAAUAGAACAGGCAAUGGAUCUGGUGAAAAGCCAUUUGAUGUAUGCAGUCCGAGAAGAAGUGGAAGUCUUGAAGGAACAAAUAAAAGAAUUAAUUGAAAGAAACUCUUUACUUGAACGUGAAAAUGCACUGUUAAAAUCUCUUUCAAACAAUGAUCAGUUAUCCCAGCUCUCAACUCAACAGGCCAUCCCUAGUAGCACUUCACAACUGCAAACAGUGAUAGCACAGCCUCCUCAGCCAACGCAACCUCCACAGCAGCCGAAUGUUUCCUCAGCGUAAAGCUUUUCUUUCCUCAUUAAGAAAAAACUGAAAGCAAUCUGUCCUUGUGUGCCACUGGUGUUCUUUCCACUUUAAAUGAAAGCAAGUAGCCAUGCUUCAGUUGUGUGUUUUGGCCUUUUCAGUAUUAGACAAUCAUUCUACAAGAGCUUUCCCUCACUUUGAGAUGUCAUACAGCGCAGUUGGUGUCCAGUUAUGUCAUCAGUGCACAAGGGAAAUGGUAGAAGGAGUUAAUGCAAAGCAUAUGCAUUUAUUUGGUGCGCAUGAGUGGGGUCUUUCAGAGCUUUGUUGGCUCUCCAAGGUUUCUUUUACCCAUGGAUUACUUUGAGCCUUGCUAUCUCAUGUAAGAAGUAACAAUUCAUCUUAAGAGCCACUGUUCUUUAAGUAUAAGUAACAUUUGCCUACGUUAGUUUCAUUUAUUUGUUUUAUUUAUUACAGGGCUGCUAUUUUCAUAAUGUACAUGAACAAUGUCACAGAACUUUUUUUAAUUUUUUUUUAAAUAAAUGUAAGUAUCAGUAAAAAUUCAUAGAUGGGAUUGCGUUUAAUAGAUAAGAUGUUUAGGCAAUAAUUGAACAAAAGAAUCCUGGCAUAUUUCUAACACUAAUGGCAAUUUACCUUUUGGUAUUUAUUGACUGUAGUCAAGACCCAGCUUGAAUGUAAAUUUUGUAUAGAGUGUAAGUAUGAAGACCAUAGUGCAUCUGUACAGGUAGUCACCAGUUAUUGUGAUAUAAUAAAUAAUUGAUGGGCUAUUUUGAUGAAGAAAACUUUGCUCAUUUCUGUUUCUACUUUCUAAUAGAGAGAAAUUGCCAUGAUUCCUCUGCUUUUUGACAUUUCGUAUGAUUUUUUUUUUGGGGGUGGGAAUAAAAAGCUGUGAAAUUGUUCAACCUACUUUGUAACCAAAGAAGCAAAGCUGUGUAAUUGAGUUUUUUUAUUUUAUAAUGCACAUUCUUUAUGUAUUUUUAUUUAGUGUUUUUCUCAUUCACAAUUUUCUUUGCUGUCUAGCAUGAUCUGCAUGACCUAUAAUCUUUGAACCACUUUCGUACCUCAUGUUUUUAUCCAGCACUCUUAUUGUAAUAUGUAAUAGUCUGUGAACAAUGUCAAAUAAAAAAGAACGAACAGCUGGUGUUGGUGGAGCUGAACUAGUGUGCUAUCCACUAGUUUAAAAAAAUGAAGUGAGCCAUCUUUUGUUCAUUUAAAAUGGUGUUUUGAAUUUCGUAUGAGAAAACGUUUUGUUACAUUGCAGAUUUUAAUGUAUUUAAUAAAUGCAACAUGCAGAUUAAGUGCAGUGUAUAUUGAGUAUUUAAAUUAAAAAUGUACAUUUCA